CCCAAAGCGAAGCCAUGGCCAGAGUCGGUGUCUCAGUUGCUCACGCGGCUUCUUACCUGUCGACCGACGUUUUUUCCGAAGAAUAAUCCGAGUGCGCGCGUUUGUUCCAGGUGUAUCUCUCCGUGUGUGUGUGUGUGUGCGUACCCUCUCUUCUACGCGCGCGUUUGUUAGUGUGUGUGUGUGUAUUCAAUUAAUUACAAAAGCAAAAAAAAGAAGCAGCUCUGGGAAUUGAAUGAAAGAAAGGCAAAACCCCCGUUGAAAAAGAGUGUAUGCAAAAUAGUAGUUGCGUGAUACAAAAGGCCAUCAAAAGAGGGAGCAACAAAAGAGGCAGCAUGAAAGGUGAUUAAUUCACUUAAAAGUGCAAUUAAACAGCAGCACCAGCAGCAACUUCAAGCAGCAACAACAGCUAAAAUCAUUGGAGCAGCGCAAGGUGCAGACAAGAUUGGAUGAGAGUCUCCAACGACAUGGUAUGAAGGAGCCGACGAACACUUUGGAUGAAAUUGUGCCCAGCAGGCUGACGUCAGCCGAACUGAGGGCGAUGGCCUUGAGACAGCAGCAGCAAAUCGACAGCCAGCACCAGCUGCUGGCCACCAAGGAGCAGCGGCUGCGCUUCCUCAAGUCCCAGGAGGUGCGCAGUGCCGUCGCCAGUGCCGAGGGGGAGCGCCUGCGACGCCUGAGGGAGCGCGUGGAGGCGCAGGAGUCCAAGCUGCGGCGCCUACGCGCGCUGCGGGGCCAAGUGGACUUGCAGAAGACCUACAACGUGACCCUCAGCAACGACCUGGACUCGAUUCGGGCCCUGUUCAGCGAGAAGGAGAAGGAACUGAGCCUGGCCGUGGCCAAAGUGGAGGCCCUGACGCGGCAGCUGGAGGAGCUGAGGCGGGACCGCCGCUGUCCGGUGAAUCUGCUGGCGGCCACGACGGGCAAUGGCGUCGGACAGGCCCUGCCCCCGCAGGCAUCCCGCGAGCUGGAGAAACUACGCAGGGAGCUGAUGUAUCGCAAUCAGUUGUCCCUGCAACAGGACGCCCGGCUGCACAUGCAACGCGAGGCCCUGCAGCAGCGCCAGGCGGAGCUGCGGUCCGUGGAUCAGCGAAUCUACGAGCUGCAGACGCGCCUCCAGCGCAAAAAGCAGGCGAACACCCAUCACCAGCAGCAACAGCAUCUGCAACAGCAUCAGCAGCAGCAUCAACAGUUGCAACAGCAACAACAGCAGCAGCAACAGCAACAGCAGCAGCAGCAACAGCAACAGCAGAAGCAGCAGCAUCCACAGCAGCAGAAACACCAGCAGCCGAAUCAUGCCCCUGGGCCCGUUGCGAGCCUGUCCGUCAAGCACGGCGGAGUAGCAGCCCUCAAGCAGCAGCUGCUGCAGAAGCAGGUCAAUCAGCUGGCUGCUGCCGCGGCCGCUGCCGCCGCUGGCCGAGCCCGCGGCAAUGUGGCCGCCGUCGAGCCCUUCAUCCACACGCCCCAGAAGUCCACCAUCACGAGCACCGCCAGCUAUCUGAGCGGCGGCAGUAUGCUGAAGCACGCAGCGGCCACGGCCAACACCAACCAGCAGAACCAGCUCAUCCAGGACCUCACCCACAUGAAGAUGAAAAUGGGCCAGGGCACCGGUGGGGGGUUCUUUGGGGGUUCCGUGCCAGUGCCAGUGCCCGUGGCAGUGCCCGUGGCAGUGUCCGUGGCUGGCGCCAGCUCCAGCAGCGAGAGCGAUGAGUCGAAGCUGGCCAAGAAGCUGCUGACUGCAGCGCCAGCCCCAGUCACGGUUCAGGCCAAGACGGGGGCAGAGCUGCGGAAGCAGGCCCAAACGGAGGCCAUGGACAGCACCACGCACAUCUAUGCGGAGGUGGGUCCCAAAAAGCGGGACAGGGAAGCGGCAGCCGCUGCCGCCGCCGCCGCUGCAGCUGCUCAGGCGCAAGCACAAGCUGCGGCCGAAGCAGCAGCAUCCACAGCCACCCCAGAAGCCCCUCCUGCCCCAGCGAAUGCCAGCAAAAUACCGAAGAGCAUCUCCAGCAGUGGAAGCACCAGCUCCGCCUCGGCGCUGAUCAACAAACUCAACCAGCAGGCCACCAAGGACACCCAGGGGGACACGGGACACCAGCAGCACCAGCAGCAGCAGCAGCAGAAGAAGAACGAGAUCGCGGUGACGAGCGAGACGCUCUCGGAGCGCAGCAACCAGCAGCAGUUGACGGUGCACAGCAUGCCCCUCGGUGCCAUCAGCAAGUCGGUGGCCCUGGCCGUGUCCAAUGCUGCCAAGCCGCUCCUGGUGCAGGUCACCAACCUCGCCGUGCCGCCCCGCAAGCCCCUCAGCAGCGUGGCGCCAACGUCGGUGAGCGGCAGCAGCAGCAGUGGCACUGGCAGUGGCAGUGGCAGCUCCAUUCCCAAGAUGAUCACCUACAGUCCGAAGGUGAACCGCGUGGCGCCCAAUGUGGUGCUGGCGGAUCCACGCCCGGCCCUGCCACCCAAGCCCAGCAAGAUGUCGCCCACGGAGCAGUCAUCGUCGUCCCCAGCGGAGGCGAGUUCCAGCUCGACUGCCGCCCCUCCCCCGACCAUGGCCAAGUCCCAGGGGCACGGGCAAGGGCAAGGGCAAGCACCGGCACACCAGGCACCACAGGUGCAGGCCACCUUCGGCCUGCAGUCGCUGAACAUCAACGACAACCUGCCCAUCAAGGCCAAGCCCCUGACCAUCCGCAAGCAGCCGCUGUUCGAGCAGCCGCGCCUCAAGUCCAGCCAGACGGCGGCGGGGAGCAGCGCCGGCCAGCCCAAGCAACCGCUGCAGCAGCAGCAUCAGCAGCUGCAGUCCCAGCGGAAGUCGGAGCCAGCCAGACCGCCACCGGAAGCGGCCAAGUCAUCGCCCGACCCCUCGCCCCCGCACUCGCCCAGCAGCGAGUCCAGCGUGGAUGAGCCGGAUCGUGUUGCCCCCACGAAGGAGGAGCAGGAGACACCUGUGGCCACGCCCCCCACCGCAACCACCAGCAACAUCAAGGAGCGGACGGGAGGCAAGCCGAAGCUGGGACGACGCGUGAGCUUCGAUCCGUUGGCCCUGCUGCUGGACGCCAGCCUCGAAGGCGAGCUGGAGCUGGUGAAGAAGACCGCAAUGCAGGUGGCCAAUCCCAGUGCGGCCAACGACGAGGGAAUCACCGCCCUGCACAACGCCAUCUGUGCCGGGCACUUUGAUAUCGUCAAGUUUCUGGUGGAGUUUGGCUGCGACGUGAAUGCCCAGGACUCGGAUGGCUGGACGCCGCUGCAUUGUGCGGCCAGCUGCAACAACCUGUCGAUGGUCAAGUUCCUGGUGGAGAGCGGAGCCUGCCUGUUUGCCUCGACCCUGUCCGACCACGAGACGCCGGCGGAGAAGUGCGAGGAGGAUGAAGAGGGCUUCGAUGGAUGCUCGGAGUAUCUGUACAGCAUCCAGGAGAAGCUGGGCAUCCUGCACAACGGCGACGUCUAUGCCGUGUUCUCCUACGAGGCCCAGAACGGGGACGAGCUCUCCUUCCGCGUCAACGAGCCCCUGAUCGUGCUGCGGAAGGGCGACGAUGCGGAGAACGAGUGGUGGUGGGCCCGGAACGCCAGUGGCGAGGAGGGAUACGUGCCACGCAACCUCCUGGGUCUGUACCCACGUGUGCCGCCGCAGUCGCCGCACUACGGCGAUUAGCAGUUAAUACGCUUCACCAUACUGAAGCGCAAGGCUGGCCGACUCAUACAGAAGCGCUACAUCUCCAAGUACAUCUAGGGGAGCAGCAGCGCAUCAGCGGCACCGAUUCUGAGCACGUGCCACCGCAGAGAGUCAGCUGGGGAAUUAUUUAUCAGAGCUCCAUGUUUCUUUUUGUUAACUUUUUUGUUUGGAAAAAGCAACACAAAGGAUGAGGAGAAGAUUAAGAGGAAAGGAACGAGAACGAUAAGGAGAAAGAGAAGGAGAAGGGGAAGAAGGAGCAACCACUCAGCCAUAUGGUCAUCCAUAUGGCAUGGUCCAUGUGUGUGUUCGUGCAACAUUUGCCACCGACUGCAGUCCCAUUCCAGCACCAAUCUCCAAUCUCCGCCGACGACUAUUUAUCACGACGACUGGCCCCAAUUAGCCCGGCUUUGGCGCCCUCCCACCCUGCAUACGUACAACAGCAAAUUGAAAUUCACUUAAGCCCGCCGCUCCCGCGCCACACCCCUCCUUUAGCUUUAAGGCCUAGACUAAUGGAUGCCCCCAGCCUCCACAGCCUCCACAGCCGCCACAGCCGCCCGCUAGCCUGGCCACCAGAACUUUCUCCAUAAAGUUCAAAUUGAAAAUGGAAAUGAAAACUCAUAAAAUUUCUUGCCACACACACAAAAUGUUUCAUCUUCGUCCUUGGGAAGGAGCCGAAGCAGUUGCCCAAUUGCAUAUGUAUAUCAAGCUAGUACUUAAACAUUUAAUUGGACUUGAACAAAGUUCGCACAAAAAGAGCAACAUUUUGCAUAGAUAACGUAGAUAACCUAGAUAACGUAGAUAACCACAAGGAGGAUAACGAAUACGAGUACGAGCAUAUAACGAAUCGAAUGUGAUUUUUGUAUAGUGACAAGAAUUUUAAUUUAAUCCAUUUUUAUCGAAUACUAAAUGCCGAUGUAAAUUACAUAAAACUGAUUCGUUGUCGCGUAAUCGCAUUAUAGAUACACAAAUUAAUUAAUGUAGCUUAUCUUAAUUAUACAUACAUACAUAUACAAUAUUUAAUACUACAUUUAACGGUUGCCUAAUUAGCAUUAACAGAAAGAAACAUCAAACCCACAGAUUGGAAUGCAAAUACGUUUGAAUAUUGAAAAUAAAACGAUUGAACAAGCUUACAUGCACAUGUGCAUA